AUGGUGCAUAAACAUUUCGUGGCUGGCUACGAUGCGUUUGUUGCAUUUAUGAAAGACUUCAACGGAAACGGAGGCGCGAUCAAUAUUCUUUUCACUGGUGCAAAACUCGAGAACGGCCAGAGCUGGUGUGGGGACUGUGUGGAAGCGGUCCCAUUCAUCGAUACCGCUGUCAACACGGUUGCUCCGGCGGAUUCGCAUUUCGUUUACGUCGAUGUUGGCGAUCGACCAACAUGGAAAGAUAUGAACAACCCCUUCCGUAAGGACACCAAUACACAUCUUUCGGUCAUACCGACGAUGAUACGAUGGAAGAAUCCCCAGCGUCUCGAAGGCGAACAAUGCGCGAAAGCUGACCUGCUGGAGCUAUUUUUUUCGGAAGAUGACUAA